AUGGCUGGUGCCCAGUACUUUGAUAUGUGGAAGGACUAUCUUAACCUCUCCAAGGUUGUGGCGGAGAUAACAGAGGACCGGAAGAGGGGCCAACUUUUGUCUCCUGUCUGGGACACCGUACCAUCUUAUGGGCCGCCAUUCUCUCUUGAAGACCCCCCAGCAGCCACGGCGCAGUGGCCCAAUGGGAGCGGGACCAGCGGCAGCAGCAGCUCAGAAUGUGGAACCGGUGGAGGGACCGCCCAGGGAACCUGCAACUUCUGCAAACACAACGGAGAAUCCAAAAAGAUCUACUCCUCCCAUCCGCUGAAAAGAGAAGAUGGCACGGUGGUCUGCCCCAUCUUGCGCAAUUACACCUGCCCGCUCUGUGGCGCCACCAGUGACAAGGCCCACACUCUGAAGUACUGCCCGCUCAACCAAGGGAAGCAGUCCCUCUACCGCAAGAGCGGACGCAACUCGGCUGGACGCAGAGUAAAAAGAUGA